UCUGACUUCUGUGUGCUCAGAAGCUUAAAGUUGUAAUGUGGGAACAACGCAGAGACAAAAUAACAAUAUUUGUAUGGACUAAAGUGAACUAAAUAACUGUGCCUGGACAGCCACAAACGGUAACAAAGUGAUACCAAGUUGCAACUGAAAAAAAAUAAAGAAGUAAAUUUUUAAUACGUGACGAAUAAGUUAUUUUUUUACACCAUAAAUUCAACGUUUUCUUUACCCUGUCAUAUUCCUUCAGGAAAAAAGCCAACUCUGUCAACUCAGCAAGUUCGAAGUCUCUCCGUAUUUCCACAUUUUGUUCUCACUUUGAACAGCCUUCGUGAGCGUUGUAACGGUCGGAAACCAGUUUGUCCGAUUAUUCCAACACCACGUGAACGCAGCUCAACUUUGGUGUGACAGAAAGCCGAGUAGUGCGAGUGCUGCUUCUGCUAAUACGAGUUCAGCAUGGCGAUGUUUAACUUGUUCUGUCCAAAAGGCGAGCUGUAGUCGGCGGGGGAAACUCUGGCUUGAUUUGAGUCACCAUGGGGAUCCGGAUGUCUCGCAGCGGCAGCAGCCUGUCACUCCUCCCGGACAGACAGAGCAAUGGUCGGAUAGGAGAACAUAAAGACUCCGAUAAUGACUCUUUGGAUGGGAUGAGCAGACGUGAGGAUAUCGCACAGUUCCCGUACGUGGAGUUUACCGGCAGGGAUAGUAUAACGUGUCCGACAUGCCAGGGCACAGGACGGAUACCCUCAUAUCAAGUGAAUGAGCUGGUUGCAUUGAUCCCAUACAGCGACCAAAGGCUGCAGCCACAAAGAACGAAGCUGUAUGUGGUCCUGUCAAUCGUGCUGUGCUUCCUGGCUUCCUCCCUCGGGGCCUUCUUCCUCUUCCCUCGCUCCGUCGUUGUCAUGGACGAUGGGAUACACUCAGUCACUGUACAAUUCGACACCACCAAUCAGAAGGUCUUAAUGAACAUGACGAGCACGCUGAACCUCAGCAACCCAAACUUCUUCUCGGUGUCGGUGGACAGUGUGAGCUGUCAGGUGUUUUACAUGAAGACAGUGAUUGGGACUCAGCAGAUUCACAACGUCACCACACUCCUGCCGCUCAGUGACAGUCAGGUGAACUACACCGUCAGUGUGGCGAUCGGCAGCAGUGCACCCUACGUCUACGCCUUCUGCACCAUGCCCAGCAUUAAGGUCCACAACAUCGUCGUUCUUAUGCAAACCACAGUGAAAACCGCCAACAUGGUGCGGACAUCCAUGAACAGCCUGGAGGCCUACCGCUACAUCGACUGUGGCUCCAACACCACAGACGUCCAGCAGCACCUCCUCUCCUCCACCCUCUCACCUGCCUUAAGCCUCGGCACCCCUCUGCUAUGAGCCCUGCAAAGAGACGACUCACGCCUGAGGAGGACGUGGGAGAUGUUGGUGCACACUCCAGGAUGGUUUCUAUCCAACAGCAGCAACAAUUUCAAAUGGUGCUCUUUUUUUUUCUAAGCUCAGGGUAGAAUAGUCAAAAAGAAGUUGCUGUAAAUGAUGAUGCAAUUUCCUGGAAAAGAUGGGUGAAUGGACUGUCCCUAUUGGACAGGCCAGAGGCGACAGAUGCCUGGUUUCGUUGUGGUGGUUGUUAGACGUGGUGGACAUUUUCUUGCCAAACACUUUUAGACUUUUCUUGCAUUGUCCCUGCUCGUGAUUUGCUGAAUGUUUUUGCUGUUUCAGGCAGAGUGAGUCACAUGUUCUAAUGGGUAAAAAACUAAAGUAGAACAUUGAACAAGUCAUCGCAAGCAAGGGCGCAUCAUGACCUUGUUUUGUGUUGGCAGGACAAAUGUCAGAGAAAGAGCUUUUCUUUAAGAUGAAUGGCCGACAUUCUCCGCUGACUGGACAGCAUUUCUGCCCUUCCUUUAAUUGGCUCUGUUCGCUCAGAGCUCUGUCUGUCUGUCUGUCUGUCUGUGCUGCUGUUGUUGCACCAUCAUGAGAAUUUCCUUCAGCAAAGCUUGAAUGACCUUUGUGUUAUAACACUGCUUUCACUAGAUGCUGCUAACAGGGAAGGAACUGGUCUGCUGUUUCUGUUGUGGAUUGAAUGCAGGGAUUAUUUAGUAUUUGCACCUUGAAACUGGGACAUGUUGUUACAUUUGCUCCCUUUCUUAUUUAACAGUCGCUUACCUUUGAGAAUGGCAUUCACAUAUUUAACAAGGAACAGUUUAAAAAAAAAAAAAAAAAAAGAAUCUCAUGACAGCAUUCUGGAUUCAGCACACAUGUACAUAAAAGAGAGAGAGAGACAGUUUUCUUAGACUUGAUUUUCAUGACGGUAUGGCUUAAAAAUCUCAUUUUGAAGUGACCUAAUCGCUGAUCACCUAACUCACUCUCUUCUU